CCCCCCCCCCCCCCCCCGUGAUCCGCCCGUGGGAUCUCCCGCCCGCCCGCCAGGAUCAAGCCGCGGCCCAGGAUAGCCAUGGGGAUCCCUCGCUGAUCGCGGCGCGUAGGCAGGCGGGCACCGUCGGAGGAGGAGGAGGGAGGAGGGAGGGGGCAGCGCCCGCGCGCCGCAUGGAGCAGAAUGGUGGCUCCUUCCUCGCCGUGCGCCGGCUCUCCGGCCACCACCACCCAUCGCCGGCGGACGUCGUGUCGGGGUCGACGGCGUGGAUCGGGAGGGGAUUCUCCUGCGUCUGCGUGCAGAGGAGGGACAGCGACGCGCGCAUUUCCUUCGAUCUGACCCCCAUUCAGGAAGAGUGCCUACAAAGAUUACAGAACCGGAUUGAGGUGCCUUAUGAUAGUCAAAAUGGAGAGCAUCAGGAAGCACUCAAAGCCCUCUGGCAUGCUUCUUUUCCUGGGACUGAACUUCUAGGACUAGUAUCAGAUCAAUGGAAGGAGAUGGGAUGGCAAGGGAAAGAUCCAUCCACAGAUUUCAGGGGUGGUGGCUUUAUCUCUUUGGAGAAUUUACUUUACUUCGCUAAGAACUAUCCAAAAUCCUUCGAGGAGCUCCUUUGUAAGCAAAAUGGUGACAGAGCAUUAUGGGAAUAUCCAUUUGCUGUAGCUGGAGUAAAUAUUACAUUUAUGCUCAUUCAGAUGCUUGAUCUUCAAGCAGCUAAGCCAAGGUCUUUGAUUGGAGCAGUGUUCCUAAAUUUACUUAUAGAAAACGAUCGAGCUUUUGAUAUUCUUUACUGCAUAACCUUUAAGCUGAUGGAUCGGAAAUGGCUUGAAAUGCACGCCACAUAUAUGGAUUUCAAUACUGUUAUUAAAUCCACACGCCGCCAGCUUGAGAGAGAGCUAUUACUUGAAGAUAUUCAGCAAAUUGAGGACAUGCCGUCAUACAGUUUUCUCGCCCGUUAGCAACUGAAGUCUUGCCUAACAUCGCCACGUGUAGUAAAGUUCUUGACACAUGCUUCUAAAGAGUGGAAUGUAGGAAUCAGGGACUCGUGCUUGUGUGGUUUUUGCUACCGUGCUUAGGUACUCUGAUAUCCUGAGCGCAUGUUUGGGUCUUCUUGGAUCUGACCUCUAGAGUAACUGGCUACCUGAACAGCAGUUGGGCCAUGCUAGUGCCGGUAGGAUGUACUUUCGGAAACAAUUUGUCCUGGCGCGGAGUCUUCGUGCUAGGAAAUACGUAGUAAGUUCUGAAACUCCUCAGUACUCAAGACAGCUUUGUAGCCAAGUUCAUAAAUGAUAUUGGUGCACUCUUGUUUUGCACUAAACACACACGUUUUGUGUGAUUUAUCCA